AUUUUGUAGUGAUUUGUAAAUACAUUUAUGUAGCUUUACAAAGUGGACAUUAUUUAACACAAGAAAAUAUAUGUGUUGUAUAGUGAUAAUUCUUGUGCCUUAUUAAUUUAUUUUAGGUCAUUAAAUAGAAUCUAUAGAAAUCAUUUGCAUACUCAAUAUAGAAAUGGAAGGUAUCUAUAAAAUUAAUGUGAUACCAAACGAUCUCAGUGUGGAGGAAACAAUUCUUCAAAUCGCUGAUACAUUAGACAAUCUCAGCGGAAUAGUCGACGAUGUAUUUUCACGUAUAUCGAGCAGGAUCAAACAAAACAUGGAUAAGACCACAAAGCUCAGAGAGCAAAUCGACGUUUCUAGAGCUAAAGUCGAGAAAUUAACAGGAAUGCAAAAGGCGAUUAAGGUGUUCUCUAGUGCUAAAUAUCCUUCGUCUAUUGUACACGACCAUUAUCAUUCCAUAUUUGACACAAACACCUAUCAUUAUGAGCCUAAAAAGGUUACUCUUAGCGGCAAAUCGCAGAGGCCGUCAAGUGAAAAAGGAAUACAGGAAAAGCUCCACUUCUUCCACGUCAAAGUUGCGGAACCGAAAAAUCCGAAGCCCAAACAGGAUUUCGACAUUAAAACUGUUAUUGACAAAGUGUCGUCUGUAGGAGACCUUUUGAUCUUCAAUACAGAGGAGAGUCCGUAUGUUGGGCUGCCCAGCAAGCAGCAAGCCUACGUGCCCAGGGUACACACUGACGUUCAGAAGUCGGUGUUGGAUGAAGCACCGCCUUCUAUCAUGAAAAGAAAUGUGCUAAAGCGAGAAAUCGAUGAAUACAUGUACGCACCCGGCAUGGGAGUGGUACCAGAACUAGACAUGCCCCUCGACCUGCCACACUUACCAGGCAUUGCUGGUGACAUACAAUACUCCAUAACAGAAGACGGCACGAUAGCUCCUUCAGCCGUGACGUCACCAGUUGUACCCACUGUGACGUUACCAGAACUGCCGGAUAUAUCUCAACUGCCUGAUGUGAGGCCAGAUGACAGUGCAGUCACAGUGGGUACAGUCCCAGUUGAGGAUAUACCGGAUUCGUUGCCGGUGCCGCCACCGAUGGCACCGGUACCGGCGAUACCGGUGGCAACGAUACCGAUCGCUUCAAUGCCGGCCCCGCCUCCACCGCCGCCACCGCCUCCACCGAUGGACAUAACACCAGUAAAGACGAGAGAUGAACCAGUAGCCAAGUCUACAUCGGGGGGCGACGCACACGCAAGCCUCAUGGCAGCCAUUCGCCAGGCGGGAGGCGUGGGUCGAGCUAAACUGAAGCCAGCUGCCGAAACUGCACUUGAUAAGGACACGAAGCCAGCUAUAGGGGGUGAUCUGAUGGCAGACCUUCACGCGAAGCUGUCCAUGCGUCGCCGUGGUAUCUCCGGCGCGGAGAGAGCUGGAGGUACCGUCCUCCACACCCUGGCCAGUGUCAUACCAGAGCCAGGUGAUCAGUCCUCCCCGCAGCAGUCCUCGAGCGACGAGGAUUGGGAGUGAUGCAGUAUGGUGGAAGUUGUAUUGACGUACGUUGGUCGUCAUUGAUGUAUAAUGAUGAAUUAGACUUACAAUCACGCUUAAAAAGUGUUCGAACGAAACUCUGCUUUCGCGUGUAGGCAGAGUUUUCUAA